UUUUUAAUUUUAUUUGGCUGCGUGUCUGUCCUGUGUACCAUUCGGCGUGACUCGGACGAAAUAGAUUCAGUGUUCAUUGGCAUGACCCGGACAACUAUCUUGAGGGGUAUAACACUGGCAGUACGCCGACGUACGAGAUCGUCUAAACGAGCGGUGGAAUUCCUGGUACCGGAAUCUCGCACUCGUUGCUGCCGGGUAUCCAGGGGGCGGAGAAAAAAUCUAUUUUUUCGAGACCGCGCACAGGCUUCCGACCCCCGGCGGUCGUGAGGUUUCUGCCGCAACGGCGCAAUUCGAGAGUUGGCGAGGGCCCGACACCCCAGAUCUACAGGCACCAGCAGCAGACGCCCGGCAGCAAUUCAUGGCGCACCUGCUGCUGCAGCGUGACAGUAAAUCUGGGAAGACGUUACUGCUGGAUGCAAUGGACGCGCAUCUCGACACCCGUUCCGGACGGAUCUAUCACGUCCUGUCUGCAGAAAGUGCGUCCCGUCUGGACUUCGUCUGGCAGCUAGCUGUUACUUUUUUGACCCCAGGCCAGAUGCGCAAACUACUGUUGACCAGAGCGCGGGACGGCCGGACGGUGUUGCAUGCCGCGGCGCAGUUGGCCACGCACGAGGUCGCCUGGGAUUCGCAAGUUCUAAGCGCGCGGGACGACCGCGCACAACGGGCAACAGGCGGAGAGGAGGUGUUGGAGAGGUCUCUGCAGUUACGGCUAAUCGCAAACUGGUUGUCGGUCAAGGAGCAGCGGACCCUCUUGUUCAAGACGCACACACAAGUUAGUUCCGGAGUUAUGGUCGAUGUUGCCCGUGGCCGUGAAGAAGAUCCUCGGUAUUCCGCCUGGAUUAACAGUGCGCGCUACAGCGAAAAGGACCGCGCCGAGGCCGAGGGGGUUGCAAAUAUGGUGCUCGCGCCAUACAGGAACAGUGGCGAGGAGGCGGGCUCCGUUAUAUUGCGAGUUCUGGACGAAAGCUGCGCGGCAGUGGCUCCGGCGAGAAGCGCUGCUGCUUCUACGACAACUGCUGCAGUGGCAAGGAGCGGCUCGAGCUCGGCCCUACCGCAAAGAACGGGGGUCGCUCUCGAGAAGUGCCUGGCCAGAAAUGAGGAGUCGCUGCUCUACGCGCGGACAGAGGGGGGCGCGUCGCGGUUGGGUGUGAUCCGCCUGGCAGCGCCAUCCACAGUCGAGUGGAUACUGCAGAAGGUCCGGGCCGAUGACCGGAAAGUUGUGCGGGCGCGGGAGAUGAAACGUUUCGAGCCCCAUCUCAAAGACGGUCCCGUGUUCCGUCUCGGCGAGCCCAGCCGGGAACACUUGCGAAAUUGCCUCGAGGCGCACCGGCUCUGUCGCCAGUUUGCGUUUUUGCUGCACGCGGCGGGGAACCCUGACGAACCAGUUUACCUGACGAACCGGAGGAGCGAUGGCAACCCUGACGAACCGUUUUACCGGGUCUCCGGCCUGAAGCCCAGCACGCGGUUGCGCGUGCUGCUGAACUUGAUGGCAUACAACAAGGGCCCGACAGACGCCACGGCUCUGGCCGACCCGGCGUCGUUGCAACACACCUAUGAUGCGUUUAGAGGCUACGAACAGGGGCCAGAUCUUCCAUUCAGACUUCUGGACAGCGGCUCCGGUAGCGAGCGAGCAGCCCUGCUGUGGGUGUGGCACAAUCUGGUGCGCCACACGACGCUUUUUCGGGAAAUCCGUCACACCAUCUGGGAAGCUUACGCAGUUGCGACAAUCCCGAAGAAAUACCUGAACGCGCAUCAGAUCACGACGCGGGAGGAAGAGAUGGAAAUGUUAAAACGUGACAUUAGCACGAAAGUUCGGCUCGGAGAGCAAAGUGCAGAUCCGCAUCCUGCCCACCUUGAAAAAUGCUUGGAGUUGUAUCUUUCGUGCCACAAGUUUGCCUUUCUCCUGCACCACACCGACGGUGCCGCCGGCGAGAUACCUCUGCAUUCCGCAGCUGCCGGGGGCGAUUUGCCCGCGGUCGCAACGAUGCUCGGGGUGCGCCUACGGGGGUCUUCGGAGGGCCGAGACGCUACGAGCCAUCAGCUUGGUCUGGAGGGUGAACAAAACGCGGGUGCAGUGCGCGCCCUGGACUGGGUACGGGAAAAGCUACUGUUGGCAGAAACCAAGUCCACAGACAGCCCUACAUUGGGCUCGCCGGGAAAAACCGUGCACGAUUUGUUGCUUGAUCAGUGGCGUGCUACCAUUAGUACAUACAACCAGAACGCGGACCCGGUCGAGCACUUGGCGAGGCUUUUGCACGCGACUCUCAUGCAGCCUAGGGGAAGCGGUGACUCGCUACUGCAACUGGAGCGGAUAAUUUUGUACACGAAGGCCCACAAUGGAGGUAGUGGUCUGCACACUGCCAGCGGUGCGAGACUGGAUUGGUUUCUCGAAAGAAUUUGGUUGGACCGGCAGAAUGUGGUAGCCACGACGGAAAUGGAACAUUUCGACAAAGGCAGUUAUUUGCGAGAAAGUGGCGCCCCGGAAAGAGAGGGUGUAGACGCAUGUCUAAAAACGGACGGGCGGUGUAGACAGUUCGCGUUUUUACUCCAUGCCGUGGACGCAAGCGGGAGCACGGCGCUGCACAUGGCUGGAGAAAAAAGAGAUUUUUCAAAAGCUGAACAGCUCAUUGGACGUAAGCAGCUGAACUUUAUCUGGAGCGCGACUUCCCGAACCGUAAACGCAUUGAAGCCGUUUGGCGACCCGGGGAAAGACCACAGCAAUAACGACCGCGCUCUAGGGUGGAUCUGGAAACUGCUGCUGAACAAGCCGAACAACGAAGGUAGAGCAGCGAAAGACGUGUUCGCCAGUGCAAGCGAGGCCUGGUACAAGGAAAAAGGCCAAACUGCAGUGUCGGAAAGUAUAGGGAAACUUCGCAAGAUGUUUAAAGAGUUGCAACCGUUCUCAUGACGCCUUCAGGCAGAGGCGAAAGUAUCUGUAAGUACAGCAUCUAAAUAAUGCUGGUACAACAAUUGUUAAGAUGUGAAAGAAGAAAAUGUCACAAGGGAGCGAUCAUCGAUUCGGACUUCGAAUUGAUACUAUCAUUUUUUUCUCUCGCGACUUUGAAGAAGAUGACAUUUUGCUAUGGAAUACGAAGUGGUGACUGGCACUGGGAAAGGUGCUAAAAGCGACAUGCAAUACUAGAGCUGUUGUAGAGUGAUGCCGUAGAGGUGAAGAUGACUACAGAGACAGUUGAUUGCAUGUCGAUGGUGCAAACACGGUCCCACUUGGGCACGAAUAACAAGAAUUCAGUGGAGAAAUCGCCCUCACAAAAGUUUGUCAAAACCGAAUCUGGAAAAAAACAACGCAAC